AUGCCUCAACUACCCAACAGUUCAACCGAAGAUCUCGGCGCGGACGAUGAAGUGAAGGAAUAUAAGCAGGAAGAUGGUGAGGACUCUGAGAACGGUACGCAUUUAGACCUCGUGAACGAUAUCAAGUCUGACCUGAUCAAAAAAGAGACCGAAAAUUCAGAGGUGAGUAGACCUUUUUAUAAUUUUAUCCGUAAGCCAAGCCGUUUUAAAGCAAGACUUAUUUUUUCAUGCAAGUUGGCCGACUUCCUUUCUGCUUUGCGCUUCGGUGUCGCUGCAAGCAACUUUGGUUCGUUGGAUCGGGGGACAGUUGCAAGCGGCGUCCUCAAAGUCUCGAACAUAGAAUCAUAUUGUUUAGAAAAAUAGUAAAUAAACUUUUAUUUUUUACCGAAAGGAAUACGCCGUCAUAAUUUUUGCUGCAGUUUCUUGCAAGAGAUUAGAAGUUCCAAGCACUCGGCCGAAAACUUGUGCAAGUUUCGCUAACGUGUCUCUCACCCGAGUAUGUUAUUUGCUCCGAUUUUAAAAUUUCUCGCUUCGCGGUAUAAAUAAUCAAAGGAUGCCGCCACUAGCCCCAAGUGGCCUCGAAAAAAUAUACAUUGUCUAGCUCUUGGGGGAAAUUUCGACAGCAGAGCUUGUUUUGAUGUUAUAUAUUUAUCUAAACGGCGGGUUGUGGUGAAGUCUAAAUCGUUCGAAAUUCUUUCUUAAGUCUCAGAGAAUUUCAUGGUUUUUCUCUCUAUUCGCGAGUUAUUCUGUGCCUUUAGUGGUUUACCGUAGGCUCGAUAGUAGGUAAAGGCUUUUUAACACUUGUAAUUAUAUCUUAGGAUCGGAUUUCAGUGCUGCAGCUCAAGUUUUUCACAGCAAAGUUCGCCGACCAUAUUUUAAGUGAUUUAGUUCAGCGCUAUUUUUGAUAUUUAAUGCUGGUCCUUUUGUGGGUUUUUUAGUAUAAUUUCCUCUUUGGAAUAGUUACUUUUUCAUUCAUUGUCCAAGUGUUUUCAUAUUUUGACGUGCUUGUUGUGCUUUCAACGGCACAUAAUUCGCGAACGAUGCUGUAUUAAAACGCCUUGGUUCACUUGGGACAAACAGCGACGUGCAAUUUCCAACACCCCGGCUGAGCUGAAUAUGCCAACAGGCUCUGUACUUGGGGAACUUAUGGACGUGUAGAUCGUAGAGAUGCAUUUUUCCGUUGUUUAAAUCGGUUUUGACAAUGAUUGACUUGAUUCACUGGUGUGGAAAAUUGGAAGUACAGGAUAAUUGAAAAAUAUCAGAAUGCUGUGUUGACGUGACUUUUUUCUAACCUGUCCGACUUCAAACUUCGAAAUGGGUUGAUUUCGCGGGAAAUUCUGAAGGGUAAGCUGUUCUCUCUCGCGCGCGGUGCUGAUCACACGUUCCAAAAAAGCACUUGUACCUUGCAUUUCCGGUAAGUUUUUCUAGCGUCAAGAGGCAACGAAUUAGGAACUUAGUGAAAUUGCUGCUUUUCUCGUCAGCUCUCAAUGGCGCUUCCUUUGUUUCUAGGAAAAAAAAAGUGGCGAUAUUUGCGGCCCGAGUUUUGUGUGAAGAGCACACUAUUUCCUCUCAAUAGACCUGCUAGCAAGAACUCAAAAGCGUGUUAAGAGCUUAAUUGGAAAAAAUCACCCAAACACCUAUUUUAAAAUGAAAAGAUAUCAUCUGCUGUUUUGCCUCCCAUUAAGAAGGGCAAAAACUCUUGAAGCCUUUUUCAUUUACACCUUUAAGUUGCCCUAAGCUAUCUGGGAACUAGGUCAUAUGUGGCCUUUUGUGCGUCUAUAAAAAUCCUCUGGCGGAUCGUCGAUUAAUAAUAGCAGAUUUCUUAAAUCUCUGUGUAUUGAAAUGAAGCCUUUCGCUUUCGAGUCCAUUGAUUUCUGUCCAUUUUCAGUCGUAAAUUACAUUUCCAACGGCAGAUGGCAGUAUUGGUUUAUGUGCUCGAGGCUGUGAAACAGAUAACGAAAUUGCCGCAACGCAAGAAGAGCGAACAAACUGUAAAGCUUGCAUUAAAACAUUUUAACGGCCUUUUUGAUAUUGAUCGAUUAACUAGCUUACGAAGUUUAGUUAAGCGAUCGAACAAUUUUUUUUCCAUCUUUUCUAUGGUGAUUUUGUAAUGUUUCUCCGGAUUCAACUUAAAAUAGAGCCGACCACUUUUAGAACGAGAAAAUUGCGCCUUCUGCACAGCUGAAUUUUUUUGAUAUAAUUAACUUGAAACGUUCAUUAAAAUUUGGUCACCUCCUACCUAGACUAAAUUAACGUGUCAUUUUCUGAGUUCUCUUUGAUGUUUCCCAUAUUGUCCAUUUUUCUUUCAGAACUUUUGAAACUAAAAUUUGUUCCAAAAAACGCAUUUUCACAAUUUCUCCUGCACCUGUAGCAGGAGUUUAAACUCAGUAGAAUUGAAUAAGAACUUGAAACUUGUUGGUUUUAGGUGCAAUGACAUUUCAAAAUUUUCAAUGAUUUUGUGUAGCUGGUUCAACAUUUUCAAGUGGAAGUCAGCUAAAAGUGUUAUUAUUGUCUUGAAUUUACCUGUUUUGUUUAAAUUUUUAAAAGGAUGUUCAAACUGUUUACUAUCCUUGCAGCUGAAAAAAGAAAGCUCAUUUAGACAAAAGAAAUGGUCAAAGUAGGAGGUUAAAUGAUUUUCAUAAGUGAGACUUAUAGCAAAGCAGGCCUUUCUGUGGAAGACCAGAUCAGAUAAUAGCACUAAGGUCUAAUGGACUUUAGAAUCAAGCACUUCUUGGUCAAACUGUUGAUUGGCGAUUAGUCUAGCAAUCAAACAUGCAACGUCUUUAACUUGUUCAAAGUCACACUCUUUUCUGGAGUAUUGAGUAAAGUGUACAUCUCUUUCUUUCUUGUGAGUGGCUAACACUCAGAACAUCAGCAUUGGAAACACUUCACGAAGGCCAAUUUACAUUAUCAACUCAGUUGUUAAAACUAAAUGAUCUUGUAUGUCUCAUUCCUUAGCUGAAUAUUCUGGAAAUGCAUCAAGUUGUUUAUGACAGAAAUUCAAGUUAAAUGUUUUUUUUGUGUGUGUGUGUGUAUUUUAUGCUGUUUUAAGCUUUAAUAGGAGAAAGCUGUCUAAAAUGUUUUAAUGUACUCAUUACUUUAACCCAUUAUCUAAGUUACUUGCUACACUAUUUUCAUAGAAAAAAAAACGCUGGGGGGUGAAAUUACUCCUUUUCAAAAUUAUCUUUUGUGGGUAGUUUGUCCAGCUCAAUAAACUUCCAUUUAACCCUUUAACCUUUCAGACUGAUUAUCAUCUAAUUUCUCCAUACAUUAUCACUGCUGAAUCAAACACUGAAGUCAUGAGAAUAAAGAAAAUGAUCACUGCUUUAAGAAGCUCUUGACUGGUAGACAAUGAUCCUCCUGGCCAGUGCCAAAGGAAAUGUAUAUGGAACAGUAUGGAGAAUACAUUAACUCUUUACACCCGAACAUCAGUAUCCAUUUUCUCCUCACCCUUCUCUAUACAUUUCCUCUGGUCUGGGCAAGGAGAAUUUGUUUGACAAUCAAAGCAUCAUAGGUUGGGGAUCAUUUCCUUUAUUCUCACCAUAUCAAUGAAUGGUUCAGCAGUAAUUAUUGUGAGGAGAAUUUGGAUGCAGGUCACUCUUAGGAUUUAAAGGGUUAACCGGUGUUAGGGACUAAAAUGGUUAAUUGUUAUUUAAGUUGAAGUAAAAGCACUUAGGCAUAGUGAGGCUUUACAUUUCUGAUCAAGUGUUCUGAUCUUCUUGCAAUUAGGAUUCUAAACAAAGGUCAGAUGCGAGUUCAGCACCAAUUGCCCAACUCCUUUCAUUUCCCGAUCGUUAUAAUGAACAUUUAAACUCUGGAUCUCAUCCGGGGUAUUCACGAGGGGGUCCUGUGCCGCCACCGCAAGAUGACAUGAAGCAUGUUCUACAACGUGGGCCUGGCUCGCGACCUGCGGGUAUCUUUCACCCUGCUCAUCAUCAUCAUCCAUACACUAAUGCCCCGCAGUAUCAAUACACUAUGUACCCUGGAGUCAAAGGACCGGACAGUAGAAGAUAUCACUAUGAUCCUCCUUUGUGGUGAGUGAAUCAAUUAAUGAUGAGAAUUCAUUUUUUGGUGCAUCAGAUGACGUCAAAAUGUGGUAAGAACUAAACAGAGGCAGACAAGAUGCAGCCAAGUUUGUUCCUGAUGUUCUUAGUAAGCAUCGUGUAAGUGGCUUUUAAACAAACAGUCAACAGAGCAGUACUCUAGAGCUUCAUGCUGAAAUUUGCCAAAAUGAAAUGUUGAGCAAAAUGGGAUUUCCCUUGUAUUUAAUCCCAUCUUUUUUGUUGAAUGCCCUGUUUUUCAGUCUCUUGACUCAAAUUUACCUUGAAAAAUGUCAAAGGAAAAACAUGAAAGUGUCAGAACAUAGCUGACUGACACUUCCCAAUCUUAAAUGCAUUCGGCUAAACUUUCCAAACUAACCACUGUCAUCAAAAAGCUCCUAUAGAAAAUGACUGAAUGGGAGUAGUUAUAAUUAGUUUCAGUUUGAUCAGUUCUUGAAUAGCUUACUAAUCUGUUAAGACUUUAUCUUCCAUGUCUGUCCUUAUAGGCAACCCCACUCACCCAUAAUCGGCCAGCCACCAUCUCAGUAUCCAAACUACCCAAGCCAAGUUGGACCAACAUCAGCUGGCAUUUCAAGACUCUCUCACCCAACUAUAACAGCGGACCCCCGUGGGGUCUGCUGUCCGCCACCUCCUCCAAACCAAACAGUUAUAAGUCGCACCCCAUCAACUUGUGGAACUGGAAGGUGAUGUUCUUAGACACCAUUGUUCCUUUUGUCCCCAAAGAGUACCUAGCAUAUAAUUUCUCCUCACAUAGUCACCGUGUAAAGAGCUGAUAAGUUUCUAAGGGGCUUUAUUGUUUCUAGGGUUUCCCAAUAUGGGAACCCAUUAGAGUCAGUAUUUAUUAGAAACUUACUAAGAGCUGAAAUGGGAGCCUUUUUCUUUCUUGCCUGCAUUGUCAUCCAAAUUAACCCAAGCACGUACUUUCUCCUUACAAUAUUACACUUGAAUUGAGUAUCAAAGUUUUGAGAAUAAAGUAAAUGAUCAUAAGAUUUAAGAAGCUUCUAUUCUCCUGAAAGUACCAUAGGAAAUAUAUAGAGAACAGUAUGGAGAACUUAGGGUGUAAAGGUUAAUGAAUGACCUUAAAUUUAUAGUAUGUAUUUCUAUGGCUGAAAACUUACAAUAUGUUUAAAACAGAGACCAACAAAGACUUUGAAAUACAAGUAUAUUUUGUGCUGCAGCACCCCCUAAUUCAGAUUGAUGAUAGCAAAACUACUUGUUGACUGAUUUGAUACCAGGGGAUAAGUUAGAAGAGGGGUUUGUAAUGGUGGGGAGGAGGGGGGGAAAUGAGAGGGGUUUACCAUAAUGGCAGGGGGAUGGGAGAGGGAUUUGAUAUAUUAGGAGGGAGAUAGAAGAGGGUUUAUUGUAGUGGAAGGAUAGUAUGAGAGGGGUUUAUUAUUGUGGUGGUGGGGAGGGGGGUAGAAGAGAGGUUUAUUAUGGGAGGGGGUAGGGAGGGGAUUUAUCGCUGGAAGUGUCAGGUGGAUGGCAUACUGGAAAGGGGGCAAAAUGGAGUGGGGGCUUAUAAGAGUGAUCCCAGUGAUAAACAUGUGAUUUCUCCCUAUAAUAUUCAUACAUAAUCCUGCAAAUGAGAAUAAAAGUGGAAAUGAGAAAACUCAAACUUAUCAGGUAUAAGUUCUUUUCUUGAUCUUACACCAAAUUCUUGUAACGAAUGUGUUGCAUUAAGAGGGGAGAAUUAAUUUAGAGUUGAAGGUUUAAUUGGAUACCUUUCUUACACCCUGCAUGCCAAACUUCCUUGUCUUUUAGACAGAUAUCCUGAUUUAUCUCCUUUUCAUGCCCUAAACUGGUAUCAUUAUCCUAUUUCAGUUUGUUAUCGUCACAGAGCAUUCCAGCUAUGCCCGAUCACGCACGAAUGGAUACAUCAGUAAGUGGAAAUAACGGACUACCCAAGGGCCACGUCAAGAAACCUCUUAAUGCAUUCAUGUUGUAUAUGAAGGAUAUGCGCUCAAAAGUCGUAUCAGAGUGCACGCUGAAAGAAAGCGCGGCAAUCAACCAGAUACUUGGAAAAAGGGUAAUGCCAAAUUACAGAUUACUGUAGGACAUGGUGUUUUCGUACUUCCAAAACAGUGUUCUCCAUUCAAUAGCUGCAUGCCUGAACCUUGGUGUGUCAAGGUUAUAACAGACUUUUGCCUAGUACUAUACGUUUCAAUCUUUGCCUGGUCAGUUGUUACCAAAUGUUUCAACAAUCAUUCACUUGGAUGUUGGAGGCAUUUAGUAACAAUUCUGUUGAUUGUCAACAAUGAAAAAUGCCUCGUGUUCUGCAGUAGUUUUUAAUUUCAUUACCAAAAAAACAUAAAGCACCCUUAAAAAAAUUGAAUCUGUUUAAAAAGAGCAAAAGUUGUAAUAACCCAGUAUGACCAAAGGAUGGCUUGCUGCUCAUUUUUAUUUUUUAUUAUUCAAUUAAUUUGUUAAAAUUUUUCAUUCCUUUCUUUAAUUUAACCUUUGUAGUUUAAAAACAUUUUAGGACUCUCUAGAGUUUAUGUCUAGAGUUGUAUGUUCAAGGGCUUAACCCUUUAACUCCCAAGAUCUCAUUAGUUAUUCUCCUUACUGUCUCCCAUACAGUUCUUGUGAUGUUAGUUUGGAGAAUUUAGUAUUGGAUCAACUUAUAAUCCCCUAAGUGAUAUUUUUCUUCAUUCUCAUCACUUUUCUGCUUGAUAUUGUAUUGAUAUUGUAAGGAGAAAUUCUGUCUUGGUCACUUAUGGGAGUUAAAGGCUUAAAUAUGCUUUGGGCUUCACUCAGGCCAGAUGACUUUGAAAACAUAUUUUUGCCCAAGAACAAAAACUGUAUUGUCAACUAUUAUUACCUUGGAGAGCAUCAAGAAAAUGAGGAGUAAAAAAGGAAAAAUAACAGCAAAACUGUCAAUUCGAACCUUUUAAUUCUCAGUCUUAAACUUUUUCUCCUUCCUUUCCUCAUCCAAAUUUGUACUGAUGUACAUGUAUUUCCAUGGAAACCACCGACCACUUUAUGAGCAAGGCCACCUUUUAGGGUAGGGGAAGGCACAGGCAACCAUAUACCAAUAGUCUGUUGUGGAGAAAUAUUUCUCAUGACACUUAUCUUCUAAGAUUUUUGUAUAUCUUUCAAAUAUGAUUUUUUUGAACACCCAACUCCCUUCAGAGCUUUUCAGUUUUAAAUAUAAGUCAAUACAUUAAAUACCUUAAAUGAUGAAAAGUUAAAAACAGUCUAAAAGUAGAACUUGACAGUGUAACUUAAAGAAGAUUUAAAUGAUUUUUAUUGUAAAUGUAAAAGAAAAUUUAAUAGUUUGUAGUGAUUAAGCCAUCUGCCCUGGCCAAAGAACUGAGGGUGAAUUUGUUUAACAGACAGACAUUCCAUCCAAUCUCUUAUCUUUUAGAAGUUUUAAGGGCACAGUAAAGUUGCAAUUAAUUCAAAGUUUACCUUAAUUAAGAUGUGUAUUCACGUGUCAUCUUGUGCAUUUGUGGGAAACAUAGUGUAAGCUGUUAGUGCAUUUGACUCAGAACCCUAAGGGCAUAGUUCAAAUGCUUUCCAGCUUACUGUGAUUUGUUCCCAAUCAAGAAACACACAUCUCAUAAUUCAAGCUCCGAUAAUUUUAUGUUCAAUUUAUUCUUUCAUUUCUUCUCCUUUAGUGGCAUGCUCUUGAUAGACAAGAACAAGCAAAGUAUUAUGAAAUGGCGAGAAAAGAACGAGCAUUACACAUGCAAUUAUACCCUGGCUGGAGUGCAAGGGACAACUAUGCGCAACAAGGGAAAAAGAAGAAGAGAAAAAGAGAUAAAUCGCAAGGUAACUGAACUGCUCAACUCUGGCAGGUGUGAAGCUGCUACCAGUUUGGCCUCCAUGGCAAUUAAGAAUUUAAUCUGAUGACUUGUCCCUUUCACUCCCAAGAUUUCAUUAGUUACUCUCCUGCUCUCUGCCAAACAAUUCUUAAGUUGUAGGUUUGGAGAAUUUGGUAUUGAAUUGACUAAUAAUCCCCUAAUUUAUAUUCUUUCUUUAUUCUCAUCAUUUGUCUGUUUGAUAUUGUAAGGAGACAUUCUGUCUUGGUUACUUCUGUAAGUUAAAGGGUAAAUUUGAUAUGGUCUGAAGUCCAAGUGAGAUAGACUUCUUUCUAAGAUAUUUCUUGUUUCUCAUUUCUUCUGUGGAACUUUACCUUUUUCAUCUUGAUCAUACAAGUACAAGCUUGGAUUUGUCGAGUGAAUUUCCAAGAAUAAAUGCAAGUGGCCUACCUACUUCAAAGACAAAAUGUUUAGACUGCAAUUUAGGACAUCAUGUUUUUGCACAAUGUGCCUUUUUCUUUGUAGCAAUUCAAUUUUUAUUGUGACAACCAUGAAAAAGUCAAAUGAGAGAGUCUUGAUGAGGGAAGGUGCCAAUUAUGAGGUAUACACAUAUAACAUAGGAAUUAAAAAUAUAAUGAAAUAUUUUCUUUUCUUUUUUUUUUUUAGCAGAAAUUACAAAUCCGAAAAAAUGUCGAGCAAGAUAUGGUCUUGACAGACAGCAUGAGUGGUGUAAACCAUGCAGGUAUGUUCUGUGGGAACUUCUUGGUAAUUCCAUGUUGGUCUGUGUAAAUGCCAUCAUCACUUGUUAGUUAAUGAAUUGAAAACUUGCUACGACAUUUACUUACAUGGCUUUUAUAAGGCAACACUUCAAGCAGAAUUCCUCUGAAGCACCUACACCUAAAAAAAAGAAAAGAAAAUCCCUCACUUUUAGCAGGGGUGGCAGGGCAGGGGGGCUUUUUGGGCUCGGGGUCAGGAGGUCUGGGUCCAAGACCUGGUUAGAUAAAGUGUAGAAAAUUUCAUCCUUGUAUGUUGUUUUUGUUUAUAUAAUUGAGGAUACAGUGAUUUGUAUAGUUUUACGGUGCAAACAUCACUAAGGUAGAUUCUCUGGUAAAUUCUAUUUAAAAAAGUAUUCACAAAGAGUUAAAAAAUAGUGAAGCUUGGCUAAACUUUAUGUAUAAGAAUCAUAAUAAAAUUUUUAGUCAAAAGGGCUUGGCUUGUUAACUACUGCUUGGUUAGUUCAGGUUGUAGAGCGGAGACUGCCGUGAGGGAGGUCUUAACAAUUAUGGAGAAUGUGCUGUCUUUCCAAUAACAUUAAUUAGAAGUCCUAAUUGAUUAAGGUUCUCUCAUUUUCCGAUAAGGACAAUAAACCCUGUAUCAUACAUCGUCUCUGUACUAGUAAGCAGGGAAUGUUCAAGAACCCAUGCACAUCUUGUAAAGAGUAUGGAAGGUAGUUCCUGCUUUCGUGGUUUGGCCUUGUUUCCAAAAUUUCCAACAUUGGGGGCAUCUGUAAAUUUCUAUUAAAGUUGAAAACUUAAUGUCCAUGCAAAGUGCUAGGUAGCACAUCAGAGUAUAGUAGUAUGGAUAAUGUGCUUUAUAAAAAUGUCACAUCAUCAUCAAUAACCACAAACUCCUUUGUUUCAGGCGGAAAAAGAAGUGUGUCAGAUUCUUGGCUGGUGGGGCAGGUUCACAAGACUUAUCGCCCAGCAGCAAUGCGACAAAUGUAGAAAAUGAAAAUAUUGAUUCAAACAUUGAAAGCAGUAGUACAGCAAUGAUUACAACGACAACAAACUCUACGACACCAACUUCAUAGCAUUAUGGAUCUUUAUUAAUUAUUAUUAUUAUUAUUGUAGAGUUGAAAUUUUAAUAUCCCAGAGCCUAUUUUAGUAGAAAAUCAGUUCUGCAGAUGUUUUAUAGUUGCUGAAUAUGCUUAAGCCUCCUUUCUUAAGCCCCAAGGCAGAUUAAUGGGACCUUCUGUAACAUAUUUUGAGAUUUAUGAACAAAUAAUUACUGGUAAGUAAAAUUUAACAGACACUUUGGGCUUUAUUUUCCGGAUACUUUGACAGGUUUUAACCUAUUCCUUCAUUUUAGGUUUAAAAGUAAAUUUAAAUCUGAGGUGUGAGAUGAUACAUACUUUGAAACACUCUGUGAAAGCGGAAAUUUCCCAAAAUCUCUGUUGAUUUGAAUGGGAUGGAAAAGAGAAAUCAUAUGUGAGAUGCAUGGCAAUCAUUUUUUAUCGAUUACAGAAUUACAAGAUUUUCAAUGUGAAACUCUAUUUGUUUGGUUGUGUUCACAACUGUUGUUGCAAACUGUAUGUAUCAUAACCAGAUGUAAUUUCACAGCAUUUCUAAGUUAUUGAGCAAGAGGUCGUGCCUGUUUUUAACAGCAAGGAACAAUCUCUCUCUGUCAUUGUCAUUCAAGCCAACAAGAUGGUCAAAAUUUCUGCUCCCAGAGAACUGAUCCCAUUUUAAUCCUUAAGUCCUUGAGCUAUACAUUUAUUAAGUUAAUAUUGAUAGGAUUUUUUCUUAAUCCAAAUUGAAAUUAAAAGAAAGAGUUUUAACUCCUCUUCAUAGUUGUUUUAUGGUUAUUAAGUAAUAAGAUUUUCAUUUGGAAGCAAAAAAUGAUAUAAGUAAUUUAAAAUUCCUCUGGUUUAUCUAAUCCAAUUGAAGAUUAUUUCAAUUUUUGAUAAUAAAACCAGAUGUCAAAUAUAGUGGACCAUUUAUUUUGCUGCUUUGUUCAUAGAGCCAGGCCAUUUUCGAUAUAUUAAAAUUCUAACAUGGCUCUGAGGCAAGAGGGGAAUAAAACAAAAUAAAUUAAUUAUUCAUCCCUCAACCUCAGUGUGAUUUCCUAUGUUUUAUUCCAGCAAACCAUGGAGCCAAGUUUGAAUUUUAAAAUAUCGAAAAUGGCCUAUGAUUCACAACAUGGUUUGUUCAUGAAUAUAAUUACUGAAGUACCUCAACUUAACACGUACUGUAUGUAUCCUUGCCACAUAUGUAUAACUUGUGUAUAGAUCUUCUAAAGAUAUGUAAUAUAGGUUAUUACCAGUUCAGUCUUCUAUGUGUAAAUCUUUCUUAUUAAACCGUAGGCAAAACAUGACCCUCGCAUAAGUAUGCAUUGACUUUGUGAUCUGUAUGUCCCCCUUAUUUUAUUAGUAAGGUAUAUUUUCAAGUAUAAUUGAACUCUGAGGUCCAGUUGUGUAAAGGGUGGAAAAUGCCAUUCAACAGAUAGAUAUCUCUCUGGCAUACUGUGUUGUCCAUUGGAUAGAGAUUUAUCCAUUGGAUAAUAAUAUUCAUUGUUUUGAAUAAGCGAGGCUGGGAAGUUCGGAAAAUUAGUGAAAGAUUUGAAAGAAAGUAUAAACCACAUAAGUAAGUGGUGCUUUUCGCAUGCACUGGUAAGCUAGUUUGGAAGUGAAUGACAGACUAAAGUUCACCUCCAAGCAGCCAAUAAGACAAAGUUACAUGUUAAUAGUUAAAUUUUAGACCAUUUUUUGAUAUUAUGAAAGCAUGAAAAAUUUUUUGGUAAAUGUGUGGUAUUUACUAAAACAAUUACUCACCUUGGUGUUGGUGAAAGUGGUGGAUAUUUACCUCCUCUUUAGUAAAUAAUUGUUAGCUAUAUUUCUGUUGUCAGUUGACGGGUUACCGGUAUACUGUCACUUUAUGAUUGUAAACCAAGUCUUAGC